GUAAAAUCAUUCAUUUUAUAUAAAAAUGUCGACGGUGGAGGACAUCAAGGCUACCCCGGCAGCGCCCGCUGCUGCUCCUGCCGCCGCUGCCCCCGCGGCGGCUGCUCCUGCUGCUGCCAACGGCAAGAAGGCCGACUUUGUCGACGCGGCCGAGAAGCCUGCCUACCGCGUCACAAACUACCCCGCGAUCGCCAACGCUCCUCUCCCCGCUGAGGGCUCUGGCGCGUUCAGCAACUACCACCUUGCUGCCAUCGUCCUCAUUGUCCCGUGGAUUGUCCAGCGCUUCAUCCCCUACUUCAAGGGCUGGACUACCUACUGGGUUCUCGUCGUCCUUCUCUUCCUUCCCCUCACCAUUGCCUACUGGGUCGCCACUUCUCGCUAUGGCCGCCGCAUCGACGAGAAGGUCCCCCUCCCCAACAAGCCCCUCAGCACCUACUACACCAUCACCGACGCCGACUUCAAGGAGAAGUGGGAGGGCAAGAAGAUCCCCAUGCAGAUCUUCCACGACGCCUACUUUGACGGCAAGCUCGACUUCAACGGCGACGUCCUCGACGUGAUGGAGUACCGCCACGACUGGUCGCGCUUCGAGCUCACCGCCGACAACUUCCGCUACGUCCUCUUCAACCUCGUUCCCGACGUCAUUAUCCACUCGCAGGACCAGGACCGCAACCAGAUCCGUGACAACUACGACCGCGGAGACGACUUCUACUCGUUCUUCCUUGGCCCCCGCAUGAUCUACACCUCGGGUGUUAUCCGUGACAUUAACCGCAAGGAGACCCUCGAGGAGCUCCAGGACAACAAGCUCAACAUGGUUUGCGAGAAGCUUGACCUCAAGCCCGGAGACAAGAUGCUCGACAUUGGCUGUGGCUGGGGCACUCUGCUCGCUCACGCUGCCAAGAACUACGGUGCUGAUGUCACUGGUGUCACCCUUGCCCAGACUGGUGCUGCCUUUGCCAACGCCCGCCUCCGCGAGAACGGCAUCCCCGAGUCGCAGGCCCGCGCUCUCUGCAUGGACUACCGCGAGAUCCCCCACCCCAAGGGCUACUUCAACAAGAUUUCGUGCCUGGAGAUGGCCGAGCACGUCGGUAUCAAGCGCUACGGUACCUUCCUCCGUGAGAUCUACGACCUCCUUGCCGACGACGGAACCCUCGUCUUCCAGGUCGCUGGUCUCCGCAAGUGCUGGCAGUUCGAGGACCUCAUCUGGGGUAUCUACAUGAACAAGUACGUCUUCCCCGGUGCCGACGCCUCCCUCAACCUCGGCUGGGUCAUCAACGCCCUCGAGGGUGCCGGCUUCGAGGUCAAGUCGGUCGACGUCCUCGGUGUCCACUACUCUGCCACCAUCCACCGCUGGUACGAGAACUGGGUUGCCAACAAGGAGAAGGUUGUCGCUGCCUACGGCAUCCGCUGGUACCGCAUCUGGGCCUACUUCCUCGCCUACUCGGUCAUUGUCGCUCGCCAGGGCUCGUCUUCCGUCUUCCAGAUCACCCUCCACAAGAACCUCAACGCGUACCACCGUGUCGAGGGUAUCCCCACCCACGCCGCGACCCAGGCUCCUGUCGCGCGCAAGAUUUCGCCCGUCGUCUCGCACAAGGCCCUCUGGCCCGAGAUCUACGGCUCCAGCGCCUAAGCUGGCCCCCUUUUGUGUUCACACACUGCGUGUCUGAACCACCACAACAUCAACGACUACGACCAACAUAGAUAGCUGCUCACCGCUAUAUCCACUCUCACCUACCCAUUCCCACGAAGACCAAAGGACGGACACAGGUCCGGGCCUGUGCGUCGGACAGUAAAAUGUUAUGCAAGACUCGUUCUGGG